GCUGAGGUCAGUUCCGCCGAGCGCUCGCUGGCUGGCGGCUGCCGCUGCUGCACUCGGCGCAGCCGCCGGGCGUGGAGCCGAGCAGGCGCGCGGGGCGCGAGCGCACCCGCGGAGGUGCUGCAAGUUGAGAGAAUCCAGUAGAGACCUGAAAAUAGAGUUUUAUGGAUUCAGAAAUUGAAGCAACACCUAUUAGAAAGAUAAAACACUUAUUCUCCAGAGAAGUUGCCUGAAUGAUAGCUAAGCAACAUAUUUGAGAGACUUUCAUUAAGAAAAUUUUGUCCAUUGCUGAUAUAGUUGACUAAACAGGCAAAAAGCCACUUGUUUUGAAAUGCAGCUAAAGAAAAUGAGGGACAUCUUACCAAAACUGUAUACAAGCCAACUUAAUGACAUAAAUAAUUCUUUGACUACAUCUCCAAAGCAAACCAAUGAGGAUAAAGGAAAUCAACCAAAAAGGAUUGAAGACCAGAAUUGUGUCUAUCAAGGGACUGAAGGUGAGGAUAAGCUGUCAUUGGUCCAUUGUAUAAAGUGCAGAAGUGUGCAAAAACUUCCAGUUCAUGCUAUACAAAAGGAUAGCACGCCCAGGAAGACUGAAGACACAAACUUCAUUUGUAGCAGCUGCAAUCAAAGUAUACUACCGACUUUCCAUUUUGUAGCAGACAGUGCCACUUCCAUAGAUUUAGAAAAUCAAGAAAAAACAUCUCUAAGUAAAACUCAGAAAACAUUUAAGGUAAAAAACUUUCAACCAGACAAAUAUUACUGUGAUAAAUGUCGAUUUUCAACGAAGGAUCCUUUGCAGUAUAAAAAGCAUGUAGUUCAACAUGAGGAGAUUAAAUUUGUUUGCUCACACUGUAAUUAUGUAUCCUACACCAAAGGAGAAUUCCAACGGCAUUUGGUGAAACACACUGGAAUUUUUCCAUAUCAGUGUGAAUACUGUGAUUAUGGUGCUGUUAGACAUGAUUAUAUAGUAAAGCAUACUAGAAGAGUACAUGAAACUGUUACUGAGAAGGGACUGUUGAAUAUGGCUACAAAACAAGAGCAAAAUAGAUCUUGCAUGCGUAAGCAAAGCACUUUGUUUUCCAAAAAGCAGAAGUGUGAUCAAAAAGUUCCUCCUCAGAAUGAGCCUUCAGAUUUAUCAAGUACAGCUUGUAGCAGAAUCGAAGAUGAAAUGAGCAAAACAGUUUGCUUGUCAGACAAUGUAGAAGGUAGCCUAAGCACAGUAUCAGUACAAGAUAAAACUCUGGUGGAACCGGAUGAAGAAAAUAUAUAUGAGAACCGAAAUGUUGAAGUUGAAGUUUAUUCUCCAGAAAAAGAGCCUGUGCAGCCUGGAAUGCCACUAACAGUGAUCGCCCCUUCAGAACUUGUAGUUCCUUCUAACUGUUUAGCUCAGUUAUUGGAGAUCAAAAUUGUGAAUGGCACGCAACAGUUGGUUCUUAAACUUAUUCCUCUGAAAGAAAAAAGUAAUAAACCUCUAAACAGUGAGGAAGAGGAACUCAGGAAUCAAAGUACAGAACAGACAGACAAAGGGAAAGGAAUAACUUCUGUUGCUCAAAGUGAAUUAACCACAAAAGCAACUGUAGAUAAAUUAUCAAGUGUUAGUAAUAUGUUUGCUUCCGAUCAUAUAUAUGACAAGAACUCUGAAUGUCUUAAUUCUUCUAGUUCUCAUACUUCAGACAGUAACUCAAAUGUACCAAGUCAGGAUAAGUCAAGAAUAAAUUGUCCUAAAUCCUCAAAUAAGGAAAAAUACACAAACAAUGAUUUAUGCUAUUCUGAAGAGACUCUGGACAUGUCCACAUGUACAUAUGCUGCUUCCUCUGAAGAUAAUAGAUCCCAGACUGUUUUGUUGCAGGUGACUCAGGAGAGCAACAGUUCCUCUUCAUCUUACCUUGGAGAAAAGGAUAUAGUGUCUUUAAAUGGUGAUGACAAAGAAACCCGGAGCCAGAUUUCUCUAGAAACACAUUUAUUUGAUACCUGUUUGGUUAAAGAAUCUUUUAAAACUUCUCUAGGAGUGCAAGAGUUCUCUUUAAAUAAAAGUGGAUCUUUAGAGGAAGCAAGCAUUGGCUUAAAUAAAUUAAACAGAGAAAACUCUGAUUGUCAAAAUAAUCAUUUAGAAAUUUUAGAAUUGCAGAAUGUAGAAAAUAAGGACAGCCUUCCUGAGGGGCCUGUCAUUUCAUCUGUAUUUUCCCUUAGCUCUGGUGCUGAAAACAUUCCGGAGGGCAUCAAGUGGGAUAAUACUGCACGCAAUAAGAAGUCAACAGCAAUGUUAUGUAGAAAGAUUGCUCAGUUGAUGUCCAUUGCUGAGUGUAAUGUGAAAUCUACAUUGGCAGGUUCAUCUAUGCCUGCUAGAUGCUGUGCUUCUAGUAAGAUGCCUUUGCCUCAGGGAACUUUAGCAAACUAUGAAACAAAUGUUCCUGCUACUGAAUUGGAACAAUCUGCAUCUUCUCUUCAAACACCGCACAAUGGUGGGAUUAGUAAUGAACUGUGUAAUAAACAACAACCAGAAUCACUGUCAGCUACAACAAAAACUAAAAGUAGAAUGAGUAAAAACACUCACAUGGCUACUCCAGUGUUUAUUCCAAAAGGGACAGUGUUGAGAGUCUUGAAUGUCACUAAGAGUGAGAUCCCAAAAGAAACCGGAGAUAAGAAUGAAAUAUCAGGUGCUUCAACCUGUUGCAAUGAAAUGUUUCUACCGCGACCAGUUCCUUUCAGUAUUUCUGAGAAACUAAGUGAUAAUUUACCUAUGCCAAAUGAGAGUGAACUUUUUGAACAGCCUAAAUAUCAAAAUAUAUCACUUAGGCAGAGACCAAAAAGAGAAGCUAAUGCAAAAAGUAAUAGCAAACAAAAUUGUGUGCUGCUGCAUCAAACAAGUGAUGAGCCAAGUAAGCAGAGCAAACUUUCUUCAAAGGAUCAACUUGUACCUAAAAAUAAGAUAAAACAAUCAAGUUCUAGGGAUUGUUUAUUAUCUAAGAAGAGAACAAAAAUUCACUCAGAUACCAUUGGCGUUUCCGAGGCGACAUCUCUUUUGAAAGCAAGACGUCUUAGGCUUGUACCUUUUAGAACACAUCAAUUGAUAAAAUGUCCUCGUCGUAACCAGCCUGUAGUUGUAUUAAAUCAUCCUGAUGUUGAUUCAGCAGAGGUAAUUAAUGUAAUGAAAAUUAUCAAUAAGUAUAAAGGCAAUGUUGUGAAAGUAGUUUUAUCAGAAAGAACAAGUAGUUUUCUUGGUGUGAAACGGCAUAAUAAACGGCUUACAUUUCAAAACUCGGAAACAAGGCAAACGAAAAAGCAGAAUUUGUUAAAAAUGAAGCUAAAAAAGACCAAUAAAAACAACUACCAAGUAGUGGAAACUUCACCAGCUAAAACAUUGCAGUGUAUGUUUAAGUGUUGGUUUUGUGGAAGGAUAUACGUAGACCAGGAAGAAUGGAUAAGUCAUGGACAGAGACAUUUGAUAGAGGCAACCAAGGGCUGGGAUGUUCUCUCUCUUCCUCUAGAGAGCCACAACAAGUGAUGAAUGAAGCACAUAUUUGCAGUCACAUUUCUACAGGUAAAAAAAAAUCAAUAAUUGGAUGCUGGAGAUAGUAUACC